UUGUGGUUCAGUCAGUGUAGCGCCGUUCAAAAACAACAAUGGCAUCGCUGUACGGAAGAGGCUGUAGUCCAUUUAACUGACCAAAUACAACAGGCUGAAACCUGAACUCCUACUGGAAUAAUGCAACAACAGACGUAUUAAUUCUUUCUACUGCGUGCGUUUUCAUCGAACAUCCAUUUUGGUAUGGGGAAACGCCCGAAUAACGGUGACUAAAAAGCCCAAGAAGGGGGAAGAUGACCGACUCUGGAGAUGCAGCAAGUGUUCCCGGCUGCUCCGGCGUCAGCGGCGGGACCGGUCUGAGUCUGACCCAGGGCAAAGUACUCCCCGGCCGUGUGAGGAGUCUAUCAUCCUCCGCUCCUCCCGGAAGACUACCGUCUCUGAGAACCAGGGACCUGACACUGGGGGGAGCCCUAAAGAAAAACAAGAAAACCUUUGAACCCAAUGUCCAUGCUGUGAGGAAAAGUAAAGAUGAGUUAAAGGAAGAGAUCCAUGUGGCUCCAAAGAAGGAGAGAAGGGAGAAGGAUGAAAGGAGGAGAGAAAACAGAGGGAGAAGGAAAGAGAGGCCACAGACCAUCCAGUCCCACUCCAUCUUUGAACAGGGGCCUGCUGAUACUACACGCAAAACAGGCUGGCGUGGUGCUACAGACCUGCAUGACCCCACCACCUCUGCUGUCGGCAAACAGCCGAAGAAAGAGAGGAGAGAGUCAGAAGAUUAUGAAGAUGAAGAUGAAAUGCUAAGUAAGCUACAGAGAGAUGAUUUCAUAGAUGAUCCAGGUCUGAGGAAUGAUGCCAAGCUGAAGCCCAUCCAGCUGCCACUGUGUCAGUCCAGCAGCUUCACCAAGAGUCCAACACUGAACGCCACAACAUGUCCAGACAACCCUCCUCUGUUCAGACCUCCACCCUGUGGAGCUCAGGCCAGAAUGGGAAGACACAGCAGGACAGAGCUGUUUAAACCAGAUCAGCCAUCACUGGCUGAAUUGCUCCAUGAUCUCAGCCUCUCCAGCACAGAAGAGCUGUUCUUCAUGCAGUUACCUGAUUGUAUGCCAGGCAAAAUGUCUGGACUGAAGGUCGACCCUACUCCUGGAUCCAUAGCAGGGAAAGCUACAAAGAAAGACUGCAAGCCUGAAGACAAGAGGACUAUGCAUCUUCAAGCACAAGAGGCUGUGGUGAAGGAGAGCUGUCCUGUGCUAUCACAAUUUCCUGAAGGACGUUUGGGUAAACUGCAGAUCAGGAAGUCAGGAAAGGUGGAGCUGAAGCUGGGAGACAUUGUCUUGGACGUCUCAGAGGGAGCUGCAUUCUCCUUCCUGCAGCAACUGGUGUCUGUGCGGCUGUCUGAUGGGCGAACUGGUGACAUGAUGGUGCUGGGAAACGUCCACCACAAGCUAGUCCUGUCUCCUGACUUCCAGGCUUUACUGGGACAAGCUGCAACACAGCAAGGACCCAGAACUUUAGAGACUCCAUAUGAUGAGUAAAGAUUUGAUUGAAGGUUUGAUUUAAUGAUGACCUCACAAACAGAUCACAGAGGAGGAAAUGUUACUGAAGUGGCGGUCUGAUGUUACACCUCUGUUCUGAGGGUUUUAGGGCAGCUGUGGAGGUUACCAUUUAGGUAGCCAUACUUUUAUAUUUUUGUCUGUGAAAUCGUUUGAAUAAAUUGUUUUGAAAAUAAA